ACUCGGAAGUCAAGCCAAGAUGAUGAUACCACUGCUCUUCGCCACCUUCCUGGUCAAUUUUCCUCAUCAGCUCGCGCAAUCGGAUGCGAACAAUGGAUUAAUCAGAAUUGCUGCGGUGUUAGGAGCCUCCGUGCUGCCCGUCGGACUUGCCGCCGGGCCCAGAUACGUUCCAAAAUGGAAGAAGCAAGCGUGUGAAAUACCGGCAUCCCAACAUCCGAAUUCGCAUUACAUUUGCGACGAAGCUGGUGAAGUGAAAUGUUUGCCAGGAUGGACCGGAGAUCUUUGUGAUGUGCCAAUUUGCCGCAAGGGAUGUGAUCCCCUCCAGGGCUACUGUCGGCGACCAGGAGAAUGUCGUUGUAAGCUGGGUUUCUAUGGCGAACUGUGCGAUAAAUGCGUGGCUUUACCAGGAUGUCAGCACGGAAGGUGUAACGUGAGCUUCGAGUGCUCCUGCGAUCCCGGUUGGAAAGGCAUGUUCUGCUCCGAGCCCAUUUGCGCGCCCGACUGCCUCUCCAGUCAGGGUUACUGCGAGAAACCUGGCGAAUGCAGAUGUCGUUUAGGUUGGCAAGGCCCCAAGUGCAAACAGUGCGCGGUUCUGCCAGGUUGCGCCCACGGGACCUGUCAAGGGCCCCUCGAGUGUCGAUGCGAUCCGGGUUGGACCGGACUGCUUUGUCAAACACCGAUCUGCGCACAAGGAUGCAGCCGGGAACACGGCGGCUGCAGGCGACCAGGCACGUGUAGAUGCCGCGUCGGCUGGACGGGACCCAAUUGCACCGAAUGCGUACCGUACCCCGGAUGCGUGCACGGAUCGUGUAAACGACCAUGGGAAUGUCGAUGCGAACCCGGUUGGGCCGACGAUCUGUGCAACGAAAAACUCACCUACUGCGACGAGCAUCCUGACGCUUGUCGAAAUAACGCUACUUGCAUCAGCAUGACUCAUGAGGAUGGCAAUUACAAAUGCAUCUGUCCUCUGGGCUACAUGGGCCGACAGUGCCAGAUAAAAACUAUGACACCGUCGAUGGAAUUGAUACCGCCGAUGCCCGACGCCGCUAUGGAAUUGUCGCAAGACGUUCAAGGACUCGCGGACAAGCCGAGUAUCGAAGAAACUUCGAACGAGGACAAGCAUGGGGAGAAACCUCCUAAGGAAGAAGAACAGACCGCGGAACCUCUUGGGCCCAUUGUGAUCACGGAUCCGCCGACCACUACCACCGUGGAUCCGGCCGCGACUGCGGGGAAAUGGCCGACGGAACGGGCAACGACUGAAAGAGACGAUGAAAACGAGACAUGAAGUUGGACAAUUGUCUGAACAUUCAUUUAUUUAUUUCAUUGUUUAUUUAUUUAUUUAUUUAAAGCCGUGCUCGAUGUAGCAUAUUCGAUAAAGAACGUAAUUCGAUUUCUUUUCUCAUAAAUUAUUGCAAAACCGUGUUGAAAAUGUAAAUUAUGUUAAAAGAAAUUGUUAUUUCAUAAUACUAACUAAUAAAUUUUAUCACAAUUUAACAAUUAACGUACAUAUAUAUGCACAAUGUUAUUUGUGUUUGAAGGUAUAUCUAUUGGAAUUUAAACAAGGAUUUUAUUUAGCCGUUUUUUUUUUAUUUUUACUAUUCU